AUGCCUACACUUAAGAUCAAUCCGAACGACGAAAACCUCUUGAAAGAAGCAAAUAUUAACCCGACUGGCACUCCCAGAGACACCGAGAACAACUUCAUAAUCAAGGAAUUAAAACAGAAAUUACAAAUCAUAGGAGCACACUACAUGUCAAUAAGUAACAAAACAACCAAGCUUGGAAAUAGACCGCUAAAUAACAUAGUUAAAAGAGAAUGCGAAAAAAUUAUAGUAGAAAUAGAAAAAGAUAGAACAAACGGCAACACCAUCUGCCAAUUCAACACUGACAACCCAGCACAAGCACCUUCAAUCUUUAGCACAGAACCAAACUACUUCACAAACGAGAAAACAGUAAGAACAAUAUUCCACAACCUAAACAACAAAAUCUCUUCAGGCACAGACAACAUACCAAACAGAGCACUGAAACAUAUUACAAAGAACAUCGCCCUUCAAUAUACAAUCAUAUUUAACAAUAUGCUAAACCACAAUUACUUCCCCAACUACUGGAAAAUCGCAAAAACAAUAUCAAUACCGAAAAAAGAAAAAGACAAAACACAAAUCAACAGCUACAGAUUAAUCAGCUUAUUACCAAACAUCAGUAAAAUUUAUGAAAAAGUCAUAAACCAAAAUAUAAUCAGACACAGCUCUAAACACAAUAUAAUCCCUGAUUACCAAUUCGGCUUCCGCAGACACCACUCUACAAGCCAUGCAAUAAAUAAAGUAGUUUCGGACACAUUCUGGGCACUCAAUGGAAAAAAAUGUGUAGGCGCAUGCCUGAUCGACCUCGAAAAAGCUUUCGAUACAGUUUGGCUAGAGGGACUUAUAUUUAAAUUGAUAAAAAAGAACUUCCCAAUUUACCUAAUAAAGUUAAUUUGGAACAUGAUACACAAUAGAAAAUUCAGAACAUACCAAAACUAUUGCACUUCGGAAAAAACAUUUACAAUCUCCAACAGGCUACAGCAGGGCACAAUCAAUUCACCGACUCUUUUCAACAUAUACACCGCCGAUUUGCUGAUAUGCUUUGGCCCCGUAAACACAGACUGUACGCUGAUAGCAUAUGCAGACGAUUUAAUUGUUUACACAGCCGACAAAAAACCGUCAGUAAUUAAAAACAAACUACAAAACGCCAUAGAUAAGAUUCUAUACUAUUAUAAUGCUUGGAAAUUUAAAGUUAACCUAAGCAAAUGCGAAACGAUACUAUUCAGACCUUCCACCAAAGCCGCUUCAGCAAACAUAAAAAAACACUACAAAAACUUCAACAUCAUAGGAAACGUUAACGAUAAAACAGUCAUCCCACACAAGAAAACAGUAAAAUAUUUAGGCAUACAACUGGAUGAAAGAUUACACCUAAACCAACAUGUAGAAUUACAACUAGAAAAGGCUAAAAGAACAUUCAUAAGUCUAGGAAAUCUAUUCUACGCCAGAAACCUAAACAGGAGAGUAAAAAUCACCUGCUACCAAGCUUUAAUUAGACCCAUCAUUACUUACGCAUGUGAAAUAUGGUACAACUUGAACGCUGCUAAUAUGGAAACAAUCAGAAAAUUUGAAAGGAAAUGCAUCAGAGCGUGCACGAACACAUAUAGAUCCAAAGAAUCAAACUACACAAAAUACACAAACAACUUAACUUUUUAUAACACAGCACAGAUACACAGAAUAGACUGUUUUACAAUCCAGCUAAUUAGAAGAUACUUCAAAAGACUCUCCGAAAUCAAAGAAAAUAGCCUUAUAUAUUCCAUCCCGUGCAUAAACGAAAAUUAUAUUAUAAACACGCUAAAAACGGGCUUCAUACCGCCAGAAGCAUUCAUAUACCUCGACGCGAACGGAUACAUAACAGAUAAACACGGAAUACCGAUAAUAUACCACAUUCCAAGACAUAAAAAACACAAAACCAUUAUAUAUAACAAACACAUAGACAGUAAGAAGCAAGAAACCACCCUAAAAUACGACACAACGAUACCUAAUAGAGACAAAUUACUUUCCAACGAAAAAAACACAAAACAAUACUGGUGGCUCAAGAGAAAUUAA